ACUAUUCUUAUUAUGUGUGUUUGUGCUGCAGUGGGAAUCGGAAACAUAUGGGUCUUGACAUUGUGUGUGCUGAUGGUGCCACAGUUUAUGCUCCAUUUGAUGUGAAGCUGAACGGCAAAGCUGCACCAUACAUAAAGAACAAUGCUAUCAAUGAUGGCAUUAACUUAAGUGGAGAAGGUCUCUGCUUCAAGCUGUUCUACGUUAAGCCGGACCGUUACACCGGGACCCUGAAGAAAGGGCAGAAGAUCGGAAGUCUGCUCCCAAUGCAGAGCGUUUAUCCUGGCAUCACUUCCCAUGUUCACGUUCAAAUGUGUGACAAAUCAGAUCCCACCAAGUACUUCUGAUGCCGAUGGAGUUGAUGAUCACAUGCAACGGCAACCAUCAAACCACUUUAAAAUAUUGUGCCAUUUAUAUCAGCUUCUUACCUUAUUUCUUUAUACUGGUGCCCAGCACUCUGCAAUCUAACAAUAAAGUUUUGAAGACUA